AUGUUAGCUUAUUCGCAAGAUUCAUUCAUUCAUCAUCAUAACAAUAAUAAUUCAAAUUCUAUGAACCAACAUCAAUUAAUACAUGAACAACAAACAAUACUUAAUUCAAUGUGUCGACAUAAUAACGAACAACAUCGAAAAGAUUCAAUUAUAUCUAUCGAUAAUAAUAAUAGUGAAAUAGAUGCCAUUAUGAAUAAAGAAGAGCAGGUAUGGCCUCCAGAUGUAGAAGCUGCUUUUAUUGAAGCCCUUGAAUCAAUUCCUAAAUUAGGCAGAAGAAAAAUUCUUGUCAAUGGAAAACCCUGUGAAUAUAUAUUUCGCAAAACGUCUAAAAUUCGUACGAGAAAGCAAGUUUCGUCACAUAUCCAAGUAUUAAAGAAUACUCGUAAAGGAGAUGCUUACUUUAUGCGUCUUUUGACAGAUUAUGUAGAUUUAGAUAAUAAUGGUAACCAUCGUAACCAUAACUUGAUUCAUAUGCAACCCUUAUCACCUAUUGAAUUUCAUCAUCAACAAUUUUACUGUCAGCAUCCAGUAGUACCUAAUGCUGUUAAAAUGAAUACAUUUUGUUCUAUUGACUCAUUUUCUUCUGAUGAAUCAUCCAUUCAAUCAUCGCCAUCAUCCAAUGAAUACCUUUUUGAUUUUAUGUAUCACGAUCCGUCUCAUCAGCCACAAGCCUUUUCUAUGUUCCAAUUCAAUCCACUUUUAUCAAAUAUAAUAGAUCCAAACGAACCUCUUAUGCCCUCAUUCGAUGAAACCUUUAGUAUACCAACCGAAACGAAUUCCACAAAGGCUCAACCAAAUAAAUCAAACAAUAACAAUAAUGAUAAUAAUAAUAAUAAUAGUUUGCCAUGUGGAUUAUGGCCUAAUUAUUUUUGUCUCUAUCUUGAUUAUAACGUUAUUUCAAAAGAUAAGUGUCCUAUUUUAGAUACCCUUCUAAUGCGUCAAUCCUCUUCUAAAGAACAUACUCUACUACUGGCAAAAAUAAAUCUUGAUUUGAAUCUCGAUAUUUCGGGGUUUGCAUUUAAUAAUACAUCUUUCUUUGAAUCACAGACGCGUCGUACAAUUGAAUGCACAACCACAAUUUACUCUUUCGGAAAUGUUGUAUUGGAAUCAAAAGAAGUUCAACAAGCACUUUGGAUUAAUGAAGGAAAAUACAUGUAUAGUUUUGCAUUUGUGAAUCAAUUUUUUGAUGCAUUUAUGAAAGGCAUAAGAACGCUUCAAUCAUGGGAAGAGGUAGAUAUUGCUAUUAAUAACUUGUGUAUUAUUCAGACAUUUGAAGAUAUUGAAUAUAAAUACCCUUUAACAAAAAUCAGUAAUAAUUCUUCAUUUUUAUUAACAUUAAUUUAUGAAUUUAAAAGAGGCACUGGUCCAAUUGAAGUCUCACUUGUUGAACAAAAAGAAUUUGAUAAAGGCACAUCCAAUUAA